AUGAUGUUGAGGUGCUUGCUACUCGUGGCUAUCUUCUUUUUGACGGGACCAACAACACAUGGCGGCCAGUCACAGGCACUGGUGCCGGCAGUUUUUGUGUUUGGUGACUCGUUUGUCGAUGUGGGUAACAAUGACUACAUCCUCACCGUCGCCAAAGCCAACUUCCCUCCAUACGGCAGGGACUUCAAAAACCAUGUUGCUACAGGGAGGUUUGGAAACGGGAAACUGCUUAGCGAUAUCAUAGGUGAAAAGGUGGGGUUUACUGGCUCUCCCCCGGCGUAUCUCAGCAUUCGUUCAUCAGGGCACAACCUAAUAACCGGAGCCAACUUCGCAUCAGCUGGAUCGGGCUCUUAUGAUCCCACGUCACUUGUGCUUAAAGUCAUCCCGCUAUCCCAACAAUUGGAAUACUUCAAAGAGUACAAAUCCAAGCUAGCAGUGGUGACCGGCAAAAGUCAGUCUCAGUCAAUCAUCUCUGGCGCACUCUACAUUAUCAGUUCUGGCUCAAAUGAUUUGGCCCUGAACUACUACAUCAACCCCUUGCUCUUCAAGACAUUGACUAUUGACCAGUACGCUGAUUUGAUAGUCAGCAUCUUGAGCAACACUGUCACGCAACUUCAUGGCAUGGGAGCAAGGCGCAUCGGUGUGUUUUCCUUGCCACCGUUAGGCUGUUUUCCAGCCGCGAUCACGGUGUUCGGCCUUCGGAAGAGCGGGUGUGUCUCAAGGAUCAAUCGCGGGGUUCAGAUAUACAACAAAAAGUUGAACAUCGCUGUCAAUACAUUGUCAAGGCAAUACCAUGACCUCAAGAUUGCGGUUCUUGACACCUACAAGCCUCUAUACAACAUUGUAAACUCUCCUAGAUCACAAGGGUUUUUCGAGGCAAGGCGGUCAUGCUGCGGAACAGGUAUAAUUGAGACAUCGGUGUUCCUCUGCAAUCCCUUGUCGAUUGGGACUUGCCCGAACGCAACAUCAUAUGUAUUCUGGGACUCCGCCCACCCUUCAGAGAAGACAAACCAACUGAUAGUAGACUCAUUUCUCCCCGAGCUUGGCAGCCUGGUUGCUCAAAUCUAG